AUGAGUGCUUUGCUGCAACGGGCUCGGGAGAGUGGCAAGUGUCCUCCAUCGCUGCUCACGGAGGAUAGGGUUGUAGAUGCAGAUGGCUUCGAAGCUUCCGUGACCCGUGUCCUGGACGCCGGUGCCUUUUCUUUGGCGUCCGACGCGAACGUCGCCCAGGAAUUUUCUAGCGUAUUGCAGGUCAGCCUCUUGAACGCUCCUCCACCAGGCUUCGGUCGAUCUCCGGAGGAAGGCUCAAUCGUGGUGGAGUUUGUUGAUUGCGACGGUACCAUGGAUCAUUCCACUGCUGACAAAGUCGAAAGCCAAGCUGCAAUCCCUGCUGGUACAGACGAUCAAAAGAGGGGCGCUUUAGAGCAACGCCGAUGCUUGAUCUUGGCCUUUGUAGGAGCCACGUCGUCAGACAGCAAGUCGUUGGAAAAAAUCCUGAUUAAUGGCUACCUCGAGUCAGUCAAAGCAUGGCUCGGUGAUAUUUUGGCUGGUGAUGUUGGUGGAAUGGACCUCCUCUUGCACAUGCUUUCCAAUCUUGUCGAUCUUCCAGUGGACAAGACGGUGGUUAAGACUUCAGGUAUGGGUAAGAUCAUUGGGUCAAUUGAGAAGCACAAGAUUUGCGUAGGAACUCCAAACGAAUCUGCCAUUAAGGAGCGUAUUCAGGAAAUCAAGGAUGCUUGGAAUGCAUCUGUCAAGGCAAAGAAGGCUCAAACGCCUGCAGAGACAAAAGAGAAUACCAAGAGACCAGCUGAGUUAGAUCUUCCGAAACAAGCCCAUACAAUGGUGAAGCGAAUCAAAACGGAAGAUACCAAGAAGUCCGCGUUUUCGUCUUUGCUGAAGAAAGUCUCCUCUUCCGAAUCAAGCGUACCUUUAAAGUCAAAACUCCUUUCGUCCAGCACGAAAUCGACCUCGUCCAUAGACGAUGUUGCGGCUAAGGCUGCAGCAGCACUCAGUAUGGUCAACGGAAAUAUGCCUGGUGGCCACGACGAAAGCUCAAAGAAAGCUCCUUUAAAACCAGGGCUACGCGUCAAGUGGCAUGAUCAUUUUGGAGGGGAUUUGGCGAAAUCCCAGCUUGGAGAAGGUGGCGAAACACAGGCUACUACAACUACCGAAGACUCGACUGUUUCGUGGUCUGACCGGAAGAAACGGGAUAGGUUGAGAGAAAAAGAAUUGCUAGCGAGCGCAAAAAAGUCGAAGCUUCUUGAAGAUGAUGAUACUUUCGACUUGCCCGUGCCUAAGACAGUGCAGACCACCAUCGAGUGGAGACAACCUCAGGUAUUGCCCGCGCGCUCAGAUGCUACUCGCACCCAGCCGUCUUCAUCGGAAAUACGUGCUCAAAAUGAACGUAUGAAAAACGUCCCGCCAGUCCAAUACUUUUCGGAAUCUGACGUACCCAGUAGUCCAGCCCCUUUGAACGAUAUUGAACAAGCACUAGAUAUGACGUCUCAGGCAUCAAGCGUGGUUAGUACUAUACCCUUUUUCGUCCCCCACGAGCCAGUUACCGUACCCGCACCGACACCGCUAGCCACAGAAGUGUACCAGAAUCAAUCGACAUCGCUAUAUAAUGGUAAUCCAGCUGGGACAGCUGCGUUCGGAAACUCAAAUGUAGCUUCACCAGAAUAUCUCCAGGCCCUUGGUCUUCCUAUGUUUCUCGUUGGUCAGGACACCAGGGCCUUGGACACUUUAGCAAAUUCUCCUGGCUUAUUGAGUACUUUGGUUGAUUCUAGUGGAAUGUAUGACCAACAAAGACUAAUGAGUCUAGUCCAAACGCUUACCCCCUCCAACGGACUCGAUGCCUCUCUGCGACAAAGCACGACGUCGCAUACCCCCUACCAACCAUCGCCUGGCUUGUAUGGCCCAGCGUCGACUACACCUGCCUCUUUUGGACAAUUUCUGCCUCCUUUUUCUGUCCAACCUCCGCGUAGUUCCUUCCGAAGCAGUUCGGAAGGAAACCUCCACAUCAGUGGGUACGGUCCAACUACAAGUCAGGUUGAUAUAAUUGCGAUGUUCGCGCCGUAUGUGAAAGUUGACGAAGUUGUUAUGAAGGGUAACUUUUCUUUCGUGAAUACAUCUGAUCCUGUAAAUGCAGAGAGAGCGAGAGAAGCAUUGAAUGGGACCCUUCUAGGUGGUAUGCCCGUCCGCAUCAAUCCCGCGCAGAGGAAAAACCGCGACUUAGCAUCCUCUUUCCCUAGUACUUCAGCACCUUCAUCCUACACGGGGGGAAAUACUGCACCAAAUCAUUAUGGAGGAAGUGGACCGACCGAGCAAAUCAGUUACCACGGUGGAGAACCGCUCGUCAAUACUGUUUUUGGUGCGACAGGGGGUGCUGCUUCUGGCCCGUACGGAGUGGUGGCUCCUCCGCCGCCUCCUGUGCAAGCGUCUAUGAACGGAGGACACUCUUCCGCUCCGUUGUCUCUGGCAGAAGUUGAUGCUGCACGAGACGACCGUGGAAAUCCGGCGACAAAAAAUCUAUUUGUCGCUGGGUACGGUCCAGGAACUACCGAGCAGGAGCUCCGAGAUGCUUUUGGUCAAUAUGCGAAUGUAAUCGGGGUUGUGACCAAAGGUAGUUUUUCUUUUGUGAAUACAUCGGACAGAGGUAUGGCUGUUCGGGCGAGAGAAAUGCUUGGAGGAACGAUGGUGAAUGGUGGUCCUCUUCGUAUCAACUUCGCUAAGGAGACCGGACGUCUUGGAACGUCAUUUGAUCUGACGUAUAACGCGCGGUCAGGCCCAAAUGCGAGAAGCGGUCCAACACCAAGUGUUCCCCCUCCCAACCUUUCUUACUACGGCCGAGGAAGCUAUUAA